GAUGAGAACUAGAAGUAAACAUGAGCGUGACAGUUUUGAGGUUAUGAGUUUUCUAAACGAUUUGAUUUGAAAUGUUUUUUAAUGGAAAUUUGUUGAUUCUAUGUGUAUAAGAACGAAUAAUUCAAAUUGAGGAGGUUUAUUUCUCAUGCAUUAAACUCAUACCACAAGAUUUUGUUCUUUGGAACAAUUGAUUUGACCGGGCAUUCUGCUACUACCUUUUUAAGCAAUGGAAGAACCCAAAUUAGUUGAUUUUUCUGUUAUCAAACAAAAAAUCAUAAAAACUGAUGAAGUACUGCAAAUGUAUCUAGAAACCGACAAAAAACUAAAGAAAGCACAAUUAGUUAUUAAAAACAUGAAAAGCAAAUAUGAUCAAGCUAACAGUAGCCUCAAUCGUGUCCAGUUAGAAUAUGAAAGGUGUACCUACACUUUGGAAUCCACAAAGUCAAAAUAUGAUGAUCUGCAGGUAGAACACCAGCAAAUGAUGGAACAAAAAUCUUCACUUGAACAGAAAUAUAGCAGUCAUCUGGUUGAUUCACAGUCUUCAAUAUUGGAACUUCAAGAUGAAUUGAAAAUGAUGAGAGAUUUGACUGCCAGUGCAGAGAAAUUGUCUUCAUCACCUAAGAAAAAAACUGUGUCUGAUAAUAAUUCAAACAAAAAGUUUAGGGACUUGGAAGUAAGGUUCAAAAGGAUUCAGGAAAGUGAACAAAAGCUUAGAGAGCAUAAUGAAUCAUUGCUUCUAGACAACAAACAAAUCAUAGAGGAAAUUACAAAGAUGAAAAUUGACCAUUCAAGAGUGGUUGCUCUCUUACAGCUUGAAAAGAGCAAGAUAGACCAUGACUUCAAACAAUUACGCUCACAGAUGGAUUCUGAGAAACGCCAACACAAUACAAUCAAAGACAAAGACUUUGAAAUCAGCAAAUUGAAGGCUGAAGUGUUAGCUCUCAGGGAACUCCAAGAGCAAAUAAAAAAUCUGCAAGAGCAGAACAAAAAACUCAACAAAGAUCUCUUGUAUAAAGAUCUUACCACAAAAGUACACACUUCACAUGCUGAAUCACAAACACCUUCAACACCAGAAACAGAACCAAAGAAAUGCAGUUGCCCCGAAAUAAUCAACGAAAACAAAAUCAUGAUAUGCUCAUUUACUCAAACCGAAGCACUAACAGAAGAAACAGUCUUAACUGAUGACGCUGUUGAUGAUAUCCUGAAAGAAAUGCUAUUUGUCCCCCAAAUGCUAUCUCCGAUGAGAUGUCAAUCACGGGAAAGCUUGAUUUUGGAUGAUAUUUCAGAGCCAGUGCCUAAAUUUUCACCUAGGAUACCGGAUAUCAUCAUCACCCCUUCAACUCCACUGGAAGAAAAUCAGAUGUCAUUUGCAGAAUUUCCAAUAGCAGAUGCUGUGGAUCUAGAGUCCACAGAUAUAGCACCCCAAGAUCUAGCUACAGAAGAAAAUAUUGUUGCAGACCAGUCUAGUGUUCUGGAUCUGAACAACAUUAGGAACAAUUCAGUUCCUCCACUUGAAGAAAAUCAGUUGGCAGUUGCAGAUAAUGUGGAUCAAGAGAUUACAGAUAUAGUACGUCAAGAUUUAGCUACAGAAGAAAAUCUAGUUUCAGACCAGUCUAGUGGUCUGGAUCUGAGCAACAUUAGGAACAAUUUAGUUCCUCCACUCAAAGACAAUCAGUUGGCAGUUGCAGAAUCUUCAAUAGCAGAUGACGUGGAUCAAGAGAUUACAGAUAUAGUACCUCAAGUUCUAGAUACAGAAGAAAAUCUAGUUACAGACCAGUCUAGUGGUCUGGAUCUGAGCGACAUUAGGAACAAUUUAGUUCCUCCACUCAAAGACAAUCAGUUGGCAGUUGCAGAAUUUUCAAUAGCAGAUGAUGUGGAUCAAGAGAUUACAGAUAUAGUACCUCAAGAUCUAGAUACAGAAGAAAAUCUAGUUACAGACCUGUCUAGUGGUCUGGAUCUGAGCAACAUUAGGAACAAUUUAGUUCCUCCACUCAAAGACAAUCAGUUGGCUGUUGCAGAAUUUUCAAUAGCAGAUGAUGUAGAUCAAGAGAUUACAGAUAUAGUACCUCAAGAUCUAGAUACAGAAGAAAAUCUAGUUACAGACCUGUCUAGUGUUCUGGAUCUGAGCAACUUGAGGAACAAUUCACUUCCUCCUCGUGAAGAAAAUCAGUUGGCAGUUGCAGAAUCUUCAAUAGCAGAUGAUGUGGAUCAAGAGAUUACAGAUAUAGUACCUCAAGAUCUAGAUACAGAAGAAAAUCUAUUGGCAGUUGCAGAAUUAUCAAUAACAAAUGCUGUGGAUCAAGAGAUUACAGCUAUUGUACCUCAAGAUCUAGCUACAGAAGAAAAUCUAGUUAUAGACAUGUCUGGUGUUCUGGAUCUGAGCAACAUUAGAAACAAUUUAGUUCCUCUACUCAAAGAAAAUCAGUUGGCAGUUGUAGAAUUUCCAGUAGCAGAUGCUGUGGAACAAGAGAAAACAGUUAUUGUUCCUCAAGAUCUAGCUAUAGAAGACAAUCUGGUUACAGACCUGUCUAGUGUUCUGGAUCUCAGCAACAGUAAAAACAAUUUAGUUCCUAAAGAAAUAAUUACUACAGAUAUUGUUUUGUCAGACAGUGAUAAAAAUCUGAUUCAAAACAAUGAUGGCAUCAAAGAAAAUAAUACAGAUAGAUUCGGAAAUGUUUCAUCAGAUAGUGAAAAAAAUGCAAUUCAAAUUAAUGAUGACAUUAAAAUUGUUCUGGAUUUAAGUAACGGUGGAAAAAAUCCAGGAGAACAGAACAUAGCUUCAGAUGGGUUAGAUAAUAAGGUUUCAUUAGAAAGUGAUAUCCAAAACAAUUAUGAUGAUAAGAAUGUUCCAAAUCUUAGCAACAGUUCCAAACUGCUAGUAGCUGAAGAAAGAAUACCAUCUAUUAAACAGGUCAAAUAUUCAGAAAAAGUCAAACCUGCAACAGUUAUCAAAAACCCAUUCAGGAAAAGAAGAUAUAGACCACCUAUCAGGGGCAACAACAAUUCCAUCAAACAACAGAAAUUAUUGAAACAAGCUGUGCUAUUGAACAAGAGAUAUUUAUUCAAAAGGGGAUUCACGUUGAGGAAGUUGAAAACCCAAGAUAGCGUUCUCAGAGCUUUGCAGGUCCUGAAACGUUCAAAAAUCAACUUCACCAUUUCCAAUGAAUCCACCCUACCUUUACAUUGGCAGGAACAGCGCUGGUUGAAUAAACAUUGCCAUGAACCUUCAAAUUAUUCACCCCCACCUGUCCUAAUCCCAAAACACCCCCAAACAACGGAAAAACAGUCAGUGGAAAAACUGGGUUGUCCCUCCUGUUAUUGCAAUAAAAUGUACAUGCUUCUCAGCGGAAAAUCUAGGGAUCCGUGCUUGCACGGAUUUUUCAAGGUGAAAAACGAACUAGCUUCUCCUCUCGAAUCCAGGAUGGAUGCAGUGACAGAAGACAAGCCGGAAAAUCCUCUGAAAUGGCUGAACGAAUCCUUGAAGAAAGAAAUAACCCCUGAAAAUCUUUUGGACACGCUAGCCGAGUUGGUGAGUCAGAAACUGAGGGAUGACAGUGUGGCUAAAAGGAAGAGAAGCAGCCCUUCUGAAAACUCGGAUUUUUAUUCUGAAACUGAAACGGAGAUCGAUAGGCUUUUCCCAGAUCCUAAAAACAUUCUGGAGAGGAACAAAAUGCUGCUGAAGAAAGCUAAAUACGAUCGGGAUAGGCAGUCAACUUCUGCCACUAGUUUGGAAGAAAACGACAUUAAGAAUGUGAGUUCACAAACUGACGACAAAUUCGAUGAGGAAAUUAAAUCGCCUGAAAUUGACGAACGAAUGAGACAACAAACUCCUGAAGGAAAAUCACAAGUUAUGGUAGAAAAUGUGGACAGCUGUGAUUCAUUCAAAUUCUCUAUUCCUCCUGAUCUUAUAAGCCCUCUAAGUACUUGUACAGUUACUGACAGCCCUAAAACCAUAACUUCUCAAGCUGCAAGUUUUCAAUCACCUAUGAGGAACACAGAUUUGGCUGAUCAAAAAGGAAUAAGCAGGAAAAUUGAGUUCAAAAGUCCAUCAAGCUUGGUGAAGAGUAAAUUUAGUAGCUUAUUCUCACCAAUAAAACUUGAAAGAACCAUGGAUAAAAGAUUUUUCCCUACACAAUACACAAGUUCGCAACAAAAAAAUAUAGAUAGUAAUUAUAGUGCAGCAGUGAAUAAUUAUCUGCAUCUUUAUCCACUCAGAGGAAAAAGCACUAGUAUAGAAUCACUCGAAAAUUUAGAAACUAGUUUUUCUACUACAAAAAUGGUGGUUAAAACCAACAAUGAAAAUGAAAUAGAAAAUGUUUCAUUAGAAAGUCUCGUCAGCGGAAUUGUUAAACUAAAAAAUGCAUCUAUAUGCAGUGUUAAAUCUGAAGUGAAUGCGACUAACAGUGAACCAAAAACUGAAUUAAUAGAUUCUAAAGUAAACAGUUUAGACAUGUCGAGUAUUGACACGGAAAAAGAACCACAAAUGAAACGUGAUUUAGUGAGCGAUGUUGAGAUUACUCCUAAUUCAGAUACCGUCAUAAACAAAUUCCUCAUGAACGAAAGUCAAAUGUCUGCAGAAGUUGGCAAAUUUAUAAGCAAUUUCGACUUGAGCAGAAGCUUCAGGGAUACCAGUAGUCCUUUGACUUCCAAACAGCAGAAUACUGGCAGAAAACUGUUUGUGGAAGAAGGCGAAACAGCCUCUCCUAGUACCACAGAAACCAUUUUAGAUUCCAAGGUUAUCUCAACUAAACCGGAAGAUUAUGUAUCUUUAGGAUUAGACUUAUCAGAUGAUGAUAGUGACGACAACAAAUUACCUAGUUGUACACCCUCUCCAGAAUAUAAUCAAAAUCAAGAACUAGAUGAUUGGCCUCAAUCUCCUGAAUCUUCUGUUGCUCAGUUUUCAGAGAAUAAAUAUACCAAAAUUAUACCACUUGAAAGAACCAUAGACACUGGACAAAAUACUAAUCUUUGGCAUACAGAAACAGCUGCCUCAGUUAAAAAUCUCUUUUACAAAAAAGAUGUAGAUUCAAAAGAAGAAGUAUUUGAUCAGUACCAUCUCGAUGAAAGCAUAGAGAGAGAUUGCAAAGAUGGAGAAAGUCCACAGUCUCCUCAGGCUUCACAGAUAGUAGAUGUAGCCAGAAUUAUUACAUCAGAAAAAAUAGUUGGGUUAGAAAUAGAUGAGCUACCAGAAAUUUCUGAACUUGAUUGUCCUCAAUCGCCAGAACCUUCCACAGCUUUUUCGGUCGAUAGUGAGGAUUUAAGAAUUAUACCUCUAGAAAGAACCACCUUAGAGAAAAAUGAUCAAAAUGAAUCAAAAUAUCUAGAUUCUAAAAUUUGGCAAAGUUCGCAACAUGGAAUAUCUGUUGAAUUUAAAAAUAGCAUUGAUCAUCAAGAGGUCAAUCCUGAAGGUAAACUUGUAGAGCCCAAGGAUAUGGAUCAUCUGUAUAGUCCACAAUCUCCACUUUCCAUUAGAUUCGAUACAAAUACCCCUCAGACUUCACGAAUAGACACUGUCAUGAAAAUAUCAUCUAUAGAGAAAAUAAUUGAAGAGCGAGUCGAUAUUCCUAAACCGGAUGACCAUCUUCAUUGUCCAGAAUCUCCAGAACCUUCAGAUGCUCAAGUUUCGGAGAAUGAAAAUAUAAAAAUUAUACCACUUGAAAGGACUACACGAGAGAAAACUGAACAAGAUGAAAAAGUUGUUACAGUCGGCAAUCUCAUUGGCAAGGAAGGUAUUGAUUUCGAAAAUAUGAAUCAACUGGAUAGUCCACAGUCUCCCCAGGCUUCACAGAUAGAAAAUGUUACCAAAAUAAUACCUCUAGAAAACAUAAUAGAAGAUCAAGUUGAGAUUCCUAAACCUGAGGACCUGCUUCAUUGUCCAGAAUCUCCAGAACCUUCAGAUGCUCAACUUUCCGAGAAUGAAAAUGUUAAAAUCAUACCCCUUGAAAGGACCAGACAAGAGAAAACUGAACAAGAUGAAAAAGUUGUUGAAAUCGACAAUCUCAUUGGCAAGCAAGAUACUGAUCUUGGAAAUAUGAAUCAGCUGGAGAGUCCACAAUCUCCUCAGGCUUCACAAAUAGAAAAUGGCACGAGAAUUAAUCCUAUGGAAAAAAUAAUUGGUACAGAAGCUGAUAGACCUGAACCUGUUAAAAGAAAGAGAGGCAGACCUAGGCUGCAACCUAAAGUAAUGGAAUCUGAUGAAGGAAAAACGAACAUAAAAACUAGAAGAUCUACAAGGUUGUCUAAAGCAUUAGUAAAGUCUAAGGAACGAGACUCCUCAGAGAAUGAAAACAAUGACAUCAAUGAAACUUGUGGAACACCUGAUCCCCCAUUAUGUCUCCGUAGAAGCGGACACACUAUACUUUCAAAGGAAUUUAUCAGCGACAGCUCUGACUCAGAAAACGAUGCUCAGAAUACCACCAAGAAAAUCUGCUCAGAAACCAGUAUUGCCAGUAAUCCAGUAUCGGUGAAAAAUUCUGUUGACAGCACUGAUAUUUCUCAAACCCUGCCUAGCAUCCCUCCAAUAAAAUCACCCCCUAUCAAAAGACCCAAAAACAAAGCUAUGUCGAGGCUGAAAUCCAAUGUGCUGAGGCAGAUGAAACAAAAAAUGAAGAUGUUCCGAACAGAGGCCCCUGUCAGAGUCAUUCAAAGUAACUGUGAUGUUAAAAAUAGUGGUAUUGAUAAGAUUAACCUAGAAGUUAAGGAGGAUACAACUGGACUACAAGAAGCACCACCUGUAAAUAAAAAAAUAACCGUAGUGCAGAACUUCCUCAUCCCCCCUGGUAGUAGCAACCCCGUGGACCUACUCAAGUCAACCCUGGAACCUUGUACUAGUCAAAAUAGUUUACCAGCUGAGCAUAUCCCUGUGAGACGGAAACCCAACAAAAAAAGCAAUGUAGGACGAAACUCCGGCGAUAUUUUGUCCAAAAUAAUGGGACAAAUGGACAGGGACAGACCUGCGCCAGCAGUGAACCGUCAGGUGGUCCAUAGGGAUGUUCCUGUGGGUAUUGAGGACAAGCAGUGGCGAAGAGGGGUGUUGGAUAUCGCCGAGAUUGUUCACAAUAAGGAUGCCCGCAUGCAGGAUUCUUAUGGACAACAACCCGCUCAUAUGGAUGCUAGCGGGCUGUUAAAGAGGGGAGCCGAACUGACAUUCAAAAUGAAGAUAAUGGUCAAGAAAUUAGUGAACAUUCCGAAUGAAGAUGAGAUUCCCAAACCUAUCCUCUUGGAAUUCAAGAGAUUGAAAGUCGACGUAACUAUAGAUUUAAUAAUACAUGAAGUGGCCAAAGAUUUCCAUGACAAACCUAUCAACAAAUAUUACCCAGCACCGCUGAUGACUAGAACUCAAAGGAUAUAUCUGAGUUUGUUGGUGUCUUUGGAGAAAGAGAUAACUGAUGGCAUAUUGGAGAAGUUUCUUUCCCGAACACAACUGUACAUACAAAGGAUAGGUUGUGGUAUACAGGCUGCCAUACCUCUGACGAGGUUAUUCUUGGCCGUUUGCCGCUUAAAAGCGGACAUAAACAGGAUGCGGACGUUUUGCUGCGAGGCCUUCUUUUAUAACGGCAAUUUGGCAGUACCCAUACUGUUCACGGUACUGACUUCAUGGGUCGAGGUGAUACCCAUGGCAGUUGACGUUGAAAAUUAUCCAAUGGCGAAGGUGCUGGUCCAACUCGUCCACUUGAAAACAUUCUUCAUGCCCGGCUACAAUCUGAUACCGUUGCGGUGUCUGUUGCACCAGUACCACGGCUACCCGAAGGAGAGGCGGAACUGCGACGAGCUGUUCGAAGAAAUCUUCCAGCAUUACUUGAGAAAUCCGAAUCCGACUUCGGAUUUCGCCAUCCGGCUGUAUUGCCGCAACAAGGACAAUAAAUGGGUGUACAAGAAGAUCAACGAAUUCUUCAAACCGUUGAUCUACAAAAUUCCCAUGGAAAACGUGAAUUUCAAGUCGACGGCCAUUCUGUUGAUGGGCAAAAUCUGCAGGCAGUUCAGGGCCAAAGAAGACCACGACGCGGCUUGUUUGAUUGAGCUGAACAGGUUCUUUUCGGGGUUGAUCGAAGAGGGCAUGCCAGAUCUUGUUAGACAGAGUGUUCAGCUGAGUAUAGACCGUCUUCCCAAGAAGAAAGAAAAGUUCAAGAAACCCGGGACUCCAGCGUGAUAUUUCUAGGAAGGCAAAGGGUAUCAAAUUUAAACCUCAAUUUGAACGGUUCUUGUAGAAUCUAUAUUAUGAUUCGUUUGAUGGUGUACAUAAAAAUAAUUUUAUUUUCACAAUGAAAGUAUAAAACCAGACUUCGAUAAUGUAUAUACAUAGGUACAAAUCAAUUGAAUAAUAAAUUAAAUUGUUAUUAUUUACAAAAACAACAAACAUGUACUUUCAACAUUGGUAGAAAAUUCCAAGGUGAUUCAUAAAGAUACGUAAAAUAGUUUUGCCAAGAAGGAAUCAGAGUUGAAUACUCCAUAGAAAACUAUGGAAUUCAUGAAGUAUGGUACAAAACUCAAUUGCUACUAUUGGUAUAUCAAAAACAAAUGUGCCUGAAUCACCCUGUAUUCGGAAAACAAUUUUAAUCUAAUUGACCUACAAUAACAAGUUCAAAGAUAUUGAAAAGUUCUGAAUGAAUCAUUUAGUGAAUCAUUUGAGGCUUUUGUUGGUUUUCAAAAAAAAACAGAAAAUAGAUGCAUUUCAAGGAACUAAAACAGGACCUCCCAUAGUUUAAAGUAAAUAAAAACAAAAUUAAACUUAAAAUUGAAAUCUACAGAUAUCGUUACAUUUGGCGCCCGAGCAGGGACCAAAUGUAAUAUUCAUUUAUUUUUAAAUACUUAAAUCCUCACUUGAUUUCAUUCAACUAUCGGAACAUUGUGAGUCAAUUCUUUCGCUAUUAUUUAAUUUCAUGUUUGUCCUUAAUUCCUCAUUAUAACUUAUGUUUUCAUUUAGACAACGAAAUUCCAAAACAAUUGCGUCAUCGUUGAUAACCUUCGAUAUUUUCAAAACGCAAUACCGAAAUUUGUUGAAUUAGUUUACUGCGCAUUGACGGCAGGCCCGACUCUUUUGUGCGCCAGGUGUGUAAACGGGUCGAUGUUUCUGAUUUUUCCCUCCAAAUUAUUGCAGUAAAUGUCGGCUGGCAACUCAUCCAGACCGAUUUCUUGGUCAGCCAGAGACUUUUUGGUAGCGUCAUCGACGAUGGCUCUUAUUUCUCCAUCAAUUUUCUACAAAUAAUAAUAUAAAGUAUCAA